AUGUUGUUAACUCAUCAUUUAUUCAUUCCAUUCUUUACUUAUUAUUUGUCACUGCAAAUAAGGAGCAGUUAUGGUCAACAACAACAACAACGACUACAAUUAAGUGAUACAUCAGUUGAUGAAUGGCGUGGAUAUUUCAGGAAAGAACAUUCAUUGGCUAAACCAUAUCAAGGUAAUGGAAUGGGUAUUCCAUAUUGGGACAUACAAGGUACAACUAUUGUUACUGGACAAUAUGUUCGUUUAACAGCAGAUACACAAAGUGUUCAAGGUGGUAUUUGGAAUAAUGUGCCCGUGAAUGUUCGAGAUUGGGAACUACAUGUAAAUUUUGCAAUUCAUGGUUCCACUGGUGAUUUAUUCGGUGAUGGAGCAGCUAUAUGGUAUGUGCAAGAUCCUGCUCAAACAGGACCUGUAUUUGGAUCAAAAGAUUAUUUCCGUGGUUUAGGAAUUUUUCUGGACACCUAUAGUAAUCAUAAUGGACCACAUGAGCAUGGUCAUCCAUAUAUCUCAGCAAUGAUCAAUAACGGUUCUCUUCAUUAUGAUCAUGAUAUGGAUGGUACACAUACACAAUUGGGUGGUGAACAUACAGGUUGUGAGGCAAAAUUUCGGAACAAACAACAUCAGACGCAAAUAAUGAUUCGAUAUGUUGGUGAUGUACUAUCGAUUUACACUGAUGUUUUGGGCACUGGGCAAUGGAAAGAGUGCAUGAGUGUUGAUGGUGUUCAGUUACCUACGGGAUAUCAUUUCGGUAUUACAGCUGCUACGGGCGAUUUAUCGGAUUAUCAUGAUAUUAUAUCGGUACGCAUGUUUGAACAAGAAUUUGCACAUGUGCAACAUGGUACUGGUGUCACCGUAGAUCCUCGACAACGUGAACCAUAUGCACAAAAUGUUGCAGCGCCACGUGAUCACAUCGAUCAACCACCAGCAUCAAAAUUAGGAUGGAUUGGUACCACAGUAUUAGUAAUAUUAGGUGGUGCUUUAUGUGUAUUAGUUUUAUGGUUUGGUGUUAUUUUUGUCAAUCAUCGGCAGCAAAUGUCGAGAAAACGAUUCUAUUGA